UCUUAGAACACUUGUGAAGUUCAUUACUAUUUCAACUGUCAGCAAGUUGCAUGCUUGCCUGUGAUAUAUUGUGUUUAAUAUGCCCGAUAAGGAUUUCAAUUGGGGAUUAAAAAGUGAUGGAUAUAUGUUCUUGUUCGUGUCCUAUUAUAAAAUUUAAAGUCGCUUAUAUUUGUGAUCGGAAGGGAGUUGAAAGUUUGGUUGGAUAAGCAUUGGAUUGGAUAUAUUGAAUAUUUUUGUAAUGCCAUCAUUACCAACCUUAACCUAAAAAUGACAGACGACGUUGACCCGGACGAUCUCCACCCCAUGUUUCAAGUCAUGCUCGAAAGAACGGAUGAUUGGCGUCCAGGAGAAAACCUCUCCAGUCUGGAUUACAACUUUCUAUCACGCCAUCCGGUCAUGUCCAUAUUUUUCCUUGUACUGACGUCAAUUGCAGCGUUUGUGGGGAAUGUUGGUAACUUUAUGGUAAUUGGAGCUAUUCUGAGUUACCGCCCGUUGCUUAGAAACAAAGGAAACAUGUUUGUGAUAAAUCUAGCCCUAGCGGAUAUCUGUAUUACCAGCAUUGUUAGCCCAAUGAACAUGGUUGGUGUCACCAUAGGGCCGCGGUUUUUCCUGGACAAGGUGGUUCUGUGUCACAUGUUAGGAAGUAUUUGUACCGUCAGCUGUCUGGUAUCGAUGGCUUCCAUAGCUGCUGUUGCAGUAAACAGAUUGAUACAGAUUUGCAAGCCAUUUAUAUAUCACCGUAUCUACACACACAAAAAGACAAUUUUAUAUUGCAUUGGGCUCUGGAUUUGGGCAAUGCUCCUUGAUCUGCCAAAUUGGGUCGGCUGGGGCGGUCACACAUUUGCCUUGAAAGAGAUGGGAUGCACCUUUGACCGGCUAGCCAACUAUGGAUAUACUAUCUUCUUGACUACCAUGUCGAUCUUCCUGCCAAUGACCGUUGUGCUUAGUUGUUAUAUUGCAAUUUUAAUUUAUGUGCGGAAUAGUCGAAGAGAGGUGCGAAAAUUUGGUGGGAGCGAAAAUACCCCGAUGCGCGUGACACAAUCCAACAAAAAUGGCGUUUCAAGAGAGAAAAUGUCGUAUAAAAAGGACGAUCUUCAGUUCGCAAUUAUCCUAUUUAUAUCGUUUCUUGCAUUUGUGCUCUGCUGGAGUCCGUACAUGAUAGCGUUAAUAUUUGAUUUUGAAGACGAAUGGUCAAAGGAAAUCUACGUUGCCGGGACACUACUUGGACAUUCAAACAGUUGUCUGAACCCUAUUAUAUACGCAAUGGGAUACGCACGAUUUCGCAAGGGAUAUUAUGUUUUCAUUCAUAAACUGUUUUGUAUGAAGAUAAAGCGAAACUCAAACUUCUAUGAUUCAAAAAGUACACUGCGUUUUACAAGCAAAUUCUCAAAAAGUCCUCUUAGAACACCUACAAUUGAUAAGAACUUACAAGUUUCAGGCAAUAUAAUAUCAUCAGCAUUGUCGACGCCAAUACGAGAAAAAUGUUUCAACAGCAUUGGAAAUGUUUCAAGAAGUAGCAACUGCAUUUCGUCGUGAUCUCCUUUCAAACAUGCAUUUUCUGUCUUUGGGCUUAAUUAUCGUGUCAUCUCGUUGAAGUAAAUUGAAAAUCAAAUGCGGUGUUUCUUUUUAAAAUUUUGUUGAUUUUAAAUGA